UCUCGCUUUCCCAUCAGAGAGGUUGAAUGUCUGCUGGACAUGCUCAUCAUUUGUCUAUCCGUGUUCUUCUAUUAAACAUCAUCUAGAACUUUUACAUAGAUGCAGACAUCACCUGCCAGAGUCACACUGAAGGUUUUAUGACAAAAACCACAGGAUAGAAAUCAAUGGGACAGAUGAUUUCAGACUUGUAAAGAAGGGCUGCUUUUGGCGCAAACUCUCUAGGUUUUUAGAACAUUUAUGCUUGGUUUCCCAUAGUUUCUACGCAUUUUAUUUUUUGUGUCCAUCCACAAAAAAAUCAAAGAGAUCACAUCCAAGAAGCUCUUUUUGGUUCUUUUGGAGGUUCUUCUCCCUCUCACACUCAUAUCCCUCCAUUUCUUGGCAUCGCCUCUGAGUUAUCGCAGCCAUGUGGGAGUUCCGGUCCAUGUCUUUUUGGCGGGCUGUGUUUGCCGAGUUCUAUGGCACCAUGUUCUUUGUGUUUUUCGGGCUGGGAUCAGCUCUCCGUUGGACCACUGGACCACACAACGUGCUUCAAGUUGCUUUCUGCUUCGGUCUGGCAGCUGCGACACUCAUCCAGUCUAUCGGUCACAUCAGUGGCGGCCACAUCAACCCGGCUGUCACGUUUGGCUACCUGAUUGGCUCCCAGAUGUCCCUGUUUCGUGCAUUCUUCUACAUCUGUGCUCAGUGCUUGGGAGCUCUAGCUGGAGCCGCUGUGCUGUAUGGGGUUACGCCAAGCAAUAUGAGAGGCAAUCUUGGCCUGAACACACUUCAGCCAGGCAUCAGUGUGGGAAUGGCCACCACUGUAGAGAUAUUCCUGACUCUGCAACUCGUGGUUGUGGUCUUCGCUGUGACGGAUGAGAGGCGAAAUGGUCGACUUGGGUCUGCUGCCCUGUCCAUUGGCUUCUCAGUGCUUGUGGGCCACCUGCUGGGGAUGUAUUACACUGGAGCUGGAAUGAACCCUGCCAGGUCUUUUGCCCCUGCUGUGCUUUUCAGGAACUUUAUUAACCACUGGGUGUACUGGGUGGGCCCUAUGAUCGGCAGUGCUAUGGGCGCUCUGCUCUAUGACUUCAUGCUCUUUCCCCGGAUGCGCGGCCUGUCCGAGAGACUGGCUGUCCUCAAGGGCAACCGACCUCCCGAGGCCGAAGCCCAGCAGGAGACCCGAGGAGAGUCGAUUGAGAUCAAAACACAAGCCUUAUAAACACUGCCAGGAAACUUUGGAUCCCUGAUGCGUCAGAUACAUACAUACUAUCAUUUCUCCCACCUCAUCCUCACACACCUCUUACAUACCAACAGAGUUUUCUGUAGGGAGAAUCACACACAAUUCCAAAGGCAAUCGAGACACUAUAACCUCUGCCCGAGGACUAUAUGAGGGUAAGAAGAGGACUUCCUGUUGAGGAUUGCGCUCUGUACCGCCAGGUAUAGGGAGCGAGAUCAGGUGGCUAACGCCGCUCAGGGGCACCUCUGUCGUUUCUAGUCUACUAAGAGUGAAAUACACUAGAAGUGGACUUCUGCAUGCUUUCCAGUUUCACAGGGUUUAAAUCUCUUUCAUUUCAGUUAAUUUUUUCUUUGAUAUUUCAGAGAUGUGACACAUGUACUAUAUUAUUAGCAUUUUGCAACCAAUUUCUUUACAUUCUACUUACAGUCGACAUUAUUCAGUUGUGCGUGGUGUGUGUGUGUUUUCCGAGAGUUUCCAGUUUGGCUCUUCCAUUUCCACCAUUCGCCACGUGUUUGUAUUCAUGCAAUGUUAUUUUUUCUAUCUCCAAAAAUUUAACCUUGGUUUAGGUGGAUGUUAAUUUACAACUAAAACCUUUAUAAAUCCUUUGGGAUUUUGGAUCCCUCUUUGAG